UGCGGAGGUGAUCAAGGCCACGCAUUUUUUGAAUUUGGAAAAAAUCUCUGCUGGCGCUGUUGGCUGUCUGUCCGCCUCUUGCGCUCAACAACCCACUUCAGCCCCUCAGUAUUGACACAAUUACCAGUUAUUUGAAUCCAACAGCUCCAGACAUAGAAAGGCAUGGUCACCACACGAGGAUCCGCACCAGAGAGCGCUGUACCUGCGACACCGCCUGCGCAGACAGGCGAGGCGGCAUCAUCCCGGGCAUCACCCAUCUCGCACCGGCUGCGCUCGCGCGACCGGUCAGGCGCCAGCAUGGAGUCGGACACCACGGCCGAGUUUGCAUCGCCCACGGAGCAGCUGCAGAAGCGCGCCAAGCUUCGGUCUGAUGAUGCAGAUGAGGCAGCGACCACCACGCCCACGCGGCGCAGCACCCGAUCCGCUGCAGCGAAGAAGAGCACGGACGAUGCUGAAGCUGCCGACGAGACGCCGACAAGCAGGCGCGGCCGACGGGCAUCGGCACGGCGGACAGCAAGCAACACAUCGGUUGAGGCAUCCGACGACACCCCGACGACGCCCACACGCCGGACUACCCGGUCGACCUCGCGCACGCCGGCAAAGAAGAGCGCAGCCAAGCCGUCAGCUGACACAUCUGCUUCAGAAGCCGUGCAGGUGUCGUCCCCGCGCACACGCCGGGCUCCGCGCCAGUCACGGAAGCAGACAGCUAACGAGGACUCUGCAGGCGACGGUGAUGUGGAAAUGAACGAGGAUCUGGCCACGCCCCAAAUGCAAGACGCGCCAGCAGCGGCACUUCCACCGCCGCAUCCGGACCUGUCUGGCAUCACCAGCAAGCUGGCGGCAGCUGCUGCGGUUCUGGACAGAGCUGCGUCAGCCGAUGGCAAUUCAGUUGACGAGGGCAGCUUCCACACGGCGCCAGAGAGCCCGGAGAAGAAGCUGAAGCAGCUGGAGAGCAAGGCCGAUGAGGACAUCUCGGACCUGAGCGAUGUUGAGGACCCGCACUUUUCGGAUGCGCCCGAUGCGACCGAGAGUGUGCCAAAGGCCACACACAAGAAAUUUGAUUCGGAUGCUGAGAGUGACAACGACGAAGCACCCGACGUGGCGCCAGCCAAGCAGCCUCUGGCUGCAGCCGAUGACGAAAGCGACGACGACGACGACGACGACGCCCCAGAGGUCGUCUCUACCAAGAAGCCGCUGGCAGCCAAGGUAGAAGAGGCCCAGGAGGAUGCUGACCAGCAAGAUGAGGCUGACCAAGAUGAGACUGACCAGCAGAAGCCCAAGAAGAAGCACCGCCGGCGCCAUCGCAAGCAUGCAGCGUCGGCUGCUGUGACCGACACUGUCGCCACGGCUAUCGAGGCGGUCCGGGAGUCGCUGAACAAGCCGGCACUGGUGCUGCCCCACGAAAUCCCGGCCCAGCUGCGCCUGACUGCCACCGAACCCAAGCGCACCGAUGCCAGCGCACCGCCCAAGCGCGCUGCGGCAGGCCAGAAGCUCGACGCGUCGCUGCUGGCCGACUUUGCCAAGGAGUCUGGCCAACACACACGCCUGUCGGACGACGCACCUCGCAAGAAGCGCAAGCAUGGCAGCAAGAAGCGUGCCCCUGAGCCGGCUCGCAAGGGCGAGCGGUUCGUGUCGGGUAUCCGAGUAGUUGCGUCGGCGCCUGCCAGCCGCAUGUCGCUGUUGGAGAGCCUGACGCAGGAGGUGCCCAAGUCGGUCAAGCGCUUUUCCAAAGAGAAGCACGGUGGCCGCCGGGUGCCGCGGUCAGACCCGCUGGAGGCGAUUGCGCGCAGCCACGGCAAGCCCGCGGUCGCUUUCCUCAGAAAGUAGAAAACAAAAGUAAAAAGAGCUCUUAAUCCCAAUCCAUACUUUGCCCAUUACUCGUUGCACAUAUGGCGGCAGCGACUUGACGAAGGGUGAUGGCGGGCAAGCCUGUCGGGUAUAAAGGCA